AUGAGCUGGCGGGCGGGCUACUCGAAAUUUAUCGAAGGUAUCGCGACAGCUUUUGGCUCUAUCCUGAUACUGGGGUUGGCGGGAUACUCGUACCAGGCGUACUACAAAGCGCAUGUGCUACGGAAGAUGGAGAACGCCUUUGCGGUCGGGUACUCGAGCCUGGAGCUCGCAGCGCUGAGCCGUCACAUCGACCCCGCCAGUCCGCACUCGGAUCUCAACGCCGUCGACUUCGAGGACAACGACUGGAUGCCGCGCGACGAGCAGGCCGUCAUCGACGGGAUCGUGGACGGCACCAUCCAGGGCCAGUACCACCUCGUGACGGGCGAGAAGGGCACGGGCAAGACGUCCAUGCUGCUCAAGGCCAUGCGCCGCGUCGGCGGCGAGGGCGUCGCCAUGUUCGAGGCGCACGGGGACCCCGAGAUCUUCCGCGUGCGGCUCGGCAAGGCGCUCGACUUUGAGUUCCACGAGGACUACGUCGGGAGUCUGUUCAGCUUCAAGGGCCCGCGCGAUACGACGGCGCUGCUGGACAUCGAGCGCGCCUUCAACAAGAUGGAGAAGAUCGCGCUGAAGCGCAAGGAGCGGGUUGGGAAGCCCCUCGUGCUGAUCAUUACCGGGGUUCAUCUAGUGCGCGACGAUGAGGAUGGGCAGGACUUGCUGGAGCUUAUUCAGCAGCGGGCCGAGAUGUGGGCUGCGAGCAAGCUUGUCACCGUCAUCUUCAACAGUGACGACUACUGGACACUCGAGCGUCUGAUCUGGCAAGCCACGCGCCUGCGCGUGAUUCCGGUGCACGACGUCCCCCGAGAUACCGCACUCGAGGCUCUGGGAAGCCUCCGAUCCGCGAAGUUUAACCAGGACGUUCCCAUGUCCAUCCUAGAGCAAGUCUACGACAAGGUCGGCGGCCGCCUCAGCUUCCUUAGCCGCGUGGCCAAGUCGGACGACAUGAUCAAGGCCUGCGACAUCAUCUGCGAGCGCGAACGGCGCUGGCUCCUGAGCCAGUACUGGAUCCUGGGCAAGGACCUGGACCCGGGCGGCGAGGAGCAACAGGAUCUGUCGUCAGCUGCUAUGCUUCUGGCCAAGGCAUUGAUCGACAAGGAGGCGGCGAUGAGGAAGGACGGGACCUACGACGGCAGUCUGCCACAGAUACCCAUCCACGAAGCGAGGCAGAUCAUGACCAACGCGGCGUGGAUCAAAGAGCACGAUCAUCACAACAUAUUCACCAUCAACUCGAAUGGCAUGGUCCAGGCCGACUCGGUCGCGAUGCAGAACGCCAUGCGCGAGAUCUGCAGUGGGGAGGGCUUCGACGAACAUCUGCAGGCGACUCUAGACCGUCUUGAUGAGAUCGAGAGUCUGCAGAGGACAAGAGAACUGACGCUGAAGGAUUUGAAGGAUGACGGCGAGUAUCAUGCCGUCGUCGGCAGUGGCCUUGACAGGAAAGAAGCUGUGGUAUCGCUGAGGGCCCGCCCAGCGAACCCACCCACUUUAACCUAA